AUGACAAACGGAUUCUUUACGGGUAUUCAAAACCCUCCUGCUCAAUCAAAAUUCUGCAAGAAUCUCAUCUCUGCCAAUAAGGAUCCAAAUGCCACUAAUAACUUAUUACAAACGGAGCUAAAUAAGGGUUACCUUAUUGGUCCGUUCACAGAGUCCCCGUUUCCCUAUCAUCGCAUCAAUCCCAUAGGGACCGUGGAAGGCAAGUAUUCUCGGAAACAACGCAUGAUUGUUGAUUUAUCAGCACCGCAUAACGACCAUGACAAUCCCAGUCUAAACUCCCUCAUCGACAAAGAACAGUACCCCCUGGUGUAUGUCAAGCUGGAUGACGCCAUACAAAUCAUCAAACAUCUUGGACGACACGCCUAUCUGUGCAAAGCUGAUAUUGUGGAUGCUUUCAAACUGAUACCCAUACAUCACUCUCUCUGGCAUCUACAUGGUAUCCAUUGGGACAAUUGCUUGUACUACUUUACCAGACUGGUUUUUGGAUCCAGAUCCAGCCCUAAAAUUUUUGACCUGUUAUCUCAAGCCAUCUGUUGGAUCGCAACCUACGUGUACCACAUUCCUCAUAUUCUUCAUCUACUUGAUGAUUUUCUCACAAUUGACGCAAAUAAGAACGAGGGCAAUGCAACCAUGAGCAAAUUGCGACAUCUCUUCAACGAUCUCAAGAUUCCUUUGUCACCAAGGAAAACAAUUGGCCCUACGACAUGUUUAGAGUACCUUGGUAUCAUCCUGGACACUGACAAGAUGGAAGCGUGA